AUGGCGAACUGCAGGGUGAAGGAUGCCCACAGCAUUCACGGCACCAACCUGCAGUAUCUGGUGGAGAAGACAGAGGCCAUUGUAAAAUAUAUCCUAUUUGGUAAAAAUCCCAGAAGCUUAUCACCAGCUUUUGGAUAUUCACUAGAAGGACACUGGAUUCGUAUAAAAAAUGAAGAUUUCAAGUAUGUACGCAUGUUGGGAGCACUUUAUAUGAGGCUGACAGGCACUGCAAUUGAUUGCUACAAAUACCUGGAGCUUCUGUACAAUGAUUAUAGAAAAAUUAAGAACCAGAACCAAAAUGGAGAGUUUGAACUGAUGCACGUAGUUGAGUUCAUUGAUGAACUACUACACAGUGAGAGAGUCUGUGAUAUCAUUCUGCCCUGGCUACAGAAAUGCUAUAUGCUAGAGGAAGCUGAGCAAUUGGAGCCUUGUGUUAGCACUCUAGAAGAGGACAUGGAUGAUGUCCAGUCCAGUGAAGAAGAGGAAGAAGAGGAUGAGAAGUUGGAGAGAGUACCAUCAACAGAUCACCGCCAGAGAAGCUACUGAGACUUGGACAAGCCCCGUCGAUCUCCCACACUGCGCUACAGGAGAAGUAGGCAGAGUCGGUCUCCAAAAAGGAGGAGCCCUUCUCCUCGCAGAGAGAGGCAUCGAAGCAAGAGUCCAAGACGUCACCGCAGCAGGUCCCGAGAUAGAUGGCACAGAUCCCGCUCCAAGUCCCCAGGUCAUCACCAUAGUCAUAGACACAGGAGCCACUCAAAGUCUCCUGAAAGAUCUAAGAAAAGCCACAAGAAGAGCCAGAGAGGAAAUGAGUAAUGGACUCAGUUUAGGUUUAGUCCAAAGAGCCUCCUGCAAAUAUGAAGUCAUCU